GUUAGAGGCUUGCAUAGUGCAAACGUUGGUAUGGCAUGGGGUCUCUAAAAUAGAACUAUACUGGAGUACACGAAAAGGUGCCGAAGAGCGAGGUUAUUCGUCUUUCCCUAGCCAGGAUGCAUUGGAUACAACUGGAGGCUUAAUGCUAUUGAUGUAAUAUAUUGUAGUAGGUAGCCGCUUGCAGGAUGCCGUAGGUUGCAUCCUUCCGCUUGCACGAGUCGGGAACCGCAUUGUUCGCUUCUGUCCUGCUGGGACGACUGAAAUGGGGCGCUCAAAGCGUUCAAGGCUAGACGCGAAGAAUAAUACGGAGCCAACGGCGACCGACGACAACCAAGAGCCCUCGCCUUCGAAAAGGCCUCGCCGCACCUCAGCUAGACUCAAUCGCAACGCGGAAAGUAUGCAUGAUAUGCCCUCUUCAGACACUGCCAAUCCAGCUUUGGAGGCUGUUGUACCGUCUUCCACAACUGCCGCGGCUGUUGGUGUCACCGCAACCUCGUCAACAGACACUCCCAGCGCUCCACCUGCCGAUUCAGCGCACGGCUGUGCGCCGCCAGGCUCCCUCUCCAGAUUAAUUCCUCCACAAGCUUCUCCUUCAAGCAGCGGCAAAGGCAGCUCCCAGGAGCCCUCACUAGCACCACCACCUCCCGACCUUAACUGCGCACCUCCCAGCAAGCGCUUGGAAGCAUCGGCCAUGCAAGCAGAGGAAGGGGCGACGGCGGAUGCUGCAGCACCUCCACCCCCCUCAGAAGGGGCCGCUACCACUGCCAAUGCCGCGGAGGCAGCCGCAGCCGCCCCCUCCGCUGCCUCCCUCCUCCCCAGCCCAGGCGGACCCUGCUCCUCCCACCCCGCUCCGGGUACGACAGCGGCGGGUACGGGUACGGGUGCGGGUACGGCAGCUGUCCGCUGCGCCGCCUACCAGCUGUACGAGCAACUCACGAGGCCGCAGCAGGACGACGGCGGAGGCGAGGGCGGUGGGGAUGGGCCCCGGUGGCCUGAGGGCACGAGGGUGUGGGCCAAGACCCAAGGCUACUGCAGCUGGCCGGGUGUCGUGUUUUCCCUGCGCCGCUGCCGCAAGGAGGAGGUGCCGGACCUGCUGGACACCUACCGGCCGGGAUGCACGCUGGUGCACUUCUACGGCUCCCACAACUACUCGUGGGCUGCUUCCGCCUCCCUCAGCGCCUGGGCCACCGACCACAAGUCGCGCUGGGCGGCCCUGCAGGCGUACGCCGCGAAAUCGGACAACCGGCUCGCCAACUUAACCCUGGCGGAGCUCUCCGGGGCGGCAGCAGGGCCCCGCGCCGGCUCCAACCCCGCCCGCGAGCUGACCCGCGUGCUGCAGGUGUGGCGCCGCGCGAGGGGGGCUGACGGCAAGGAGGCGGCCAACAAGAAGGGGGCUGGCGGGCGCAAGAAGGGGGCGGGUGGCGCUGCUGCUGCUUGCUGCGAGGGCUGCGGAGACACCGGCACACAGGUCACGUGUCGCUUCUGCCGCUGCGCCUUCCACACGCUUUGUUUGCCCGUACCACACGUCACUCCUGCGCACAUGCUGGCAGAGGCGGCGGCGCAAGCAGCGGCGGCAGAGGCGGCUGCAGCGGGGGCAGAAGCAGCAGGGGGGGCAGCAGCAGCGGGGGCAGCAGCAGCGGGGUCAGCAGCAGCAGGCGGUACUGGCACGGGUAGACGCGGCCGCGGCCCCCCCCAGGGGCCUGUGGUGCAUGCGAGCUGGCAGUGCGGCAGUUGCGGACAAACUAACGAGGUCAAGGGACCGGCCCCGCCACCCCCGGCCUCGUUGACGCCCAAGGCGGCUGGCAACACCAGGGCUGCGCCAAAACGAGGAGCCGCCGCCGCCGCCGCUGCUGCAGCCGCCGCCGCAGCGGGUGUUACACCCGGUGCUGAUGCAGCAGGUGCCCCCACGGACACCCCCACCCCUCCCGUCGCCGUCUCUCGGAGAGGCAGGCGCCUGGCGGGACCUGGCGCAGCGCUGCUAGCCCUCCUCAGUGGGGACGCAGUGGGGGUGGAGGAGGAGGAGGAGGAGGAGAAGGUGAAGCGACGCGCGGGUCAUGGCAGGUCGCAGCGGCAGCUCCAGUCCAAACAGCGCGGGGCGGCUGAGGAAGGGUCUGACCGUGAGGCGAAGGCGCCGCUGCCGCCGCAUCCGGAGAGGCUGGCGCUGUAUGAGCGGCUGUGCCGCAUGGGGGAGGAAGGGGAGGAGCAGGAGGGAGAGGGGCAGGAGCAGGGGAAGGGAAAGGGGGCAGGAGCAGCGGGGGAGAAGGCGGCAGGUCGGCAGCGGCGGCCGCCAUUUGGGACAAGGGUCUGGUUGAAGACUCAACACUACUGCACCUGGCCGGGUGUCGUGUUUUCCCUGCGCCACUGCCGUAAGGAGGAGGUGCCGGACCUGCUGGACACCUACCAGCCGGGAUGCACGCUGGUGCACUUCUACGGCGAACACAAUCACAUGUGGAUCCCCGACGAGGAGGUGGCGGCGCAGCUGGCGGCUGCAAAGCAGCCAGGAUUUGAGGCGCAGCGGAGGGCGGAGCUGGAGACGUGGAGCAGGAGGAACAAGAACAACCUCGGCGCUCCCAUCACUCUGGAGGAGCUGGCGUCAGGGGACGACCCGGGUGCCCUGGGGUUGGCAGGGUCCGCAGCGGGGGGCGAGGGCAGCGGUGGUGGCAGCGGGGGCGGGG